CUCUACGUUGAUGAAUAGUACAAUUACAUGAAACCUGUCAAUAUGGUUUACGUGGAACAACAAUAAAUCCAUAAAUUUUUCUUCUUUUGAACAGGUCUGAUCAAAUUUUGAGAGAGGAAACACAUCACAAUGGCUUCCAGAAGUCUAACAGAAGUUUUCAUACUAAUGAGAAACAAUGCAGCGCAGAGCAGACACAUAUAUUCGGACCAUGUUCAUGAUGAUAGGAUGGCACUGGUGAACAGUAUAUCAACUGAUCCUGAUGCAAGCGUAGGUGCUACUAAACUCAACAUUCCACCAGAAUGGGUUAAUAAUACAGAAGAAAUUCAAUAUGACAUCACGAGAAUACAGCAGAAAAUGAAGGAACUAUCAUCAUUACACGACAGAUACCUGAACAGACCGACAUUAGAUGAUAACAUGGAAGAGGAACACGCCAUUGAAAUUGCCACUCAAGAAAUUACUCAAAUGUUUCACAGAUGCCAAAGGUCUAUCCAGUCCAUAACAGCCAAAGCUAGGUUAUCAUCGAGACAAGAGAGAAAAGUCACACAGAAUAUUGUCAAUUCGCUUGCUGGCAGUCUUCAAGACCUUUCUAUUCAAUUCAGGAAAAGCCAGUCUGCGUAUUUAAAACGAUUGAAAGGAAGGGAAGAGCGGUCCAAAGAAUUCUUUGAUAGCAACAUCAAUUUAAAUUCCAGCAGUGCAAUCAUGAUUGAAGAGGACGUGGAGGAUGAUUUACUAUACGACAGGGGUUUCACAGAUGCGCAAAUGCAGGACGUGGAACAAAACACAGAGGUUAUCGAGCAGAGAGAGAAGGAAGUGUCGCAUAUAGUCCAGUCGAUAUCAGACCUUAAUGAAAUCUUCAGAGACUUAGCUAAUAUGGUGGUGGAACAAGGCACAGUCUUGGACAGGAUAGACUAUAACAUAGAGAAAUCAACUGUUAAAGUGGAAGAAGGUCUCAAACAACUACAAAAGGCUGAGAAGUAUCAAAAGAAGAACAGAAAAAUGCUUGUAAUCGUCAUCCUCUUCAUCAUUGUUAUCAUUCUAAUCAUCAUCUUCAUAGCAACCAAGUUAAGAUGACAUCGCUGAUUAUAGUAUCACCAUAGCAACCAAAUUAAGAUGACAUCACUAAAUCUGUGCAUCACUAUGGCGACAGAGUAGAGAUGAAAGUUUGUUUCAUUGUAUUGCCAAAAUGACUACAAUGCGAUGAAAUCGGUAUUGUAGUCAUAUUAGGACCAACUUGGGAUCAUAUUUUAUUCUUAAAGAAGCCAGCCAAAUAAAGAUUACAUCACUUCAUAUAUCGUUAAACCUGUGAACUUGAAGAAAUGGCAUCUCUUCUCAUCAGCAUAGGAAAUACAUGAGGGUGGCGGGUAGGCUGGUGGCGGGCGAUUUUGCCCUCGUGUUACCCCGAAUCAUCCUUAAAUUUCCCCAAAAUGCAUGCUUCGGCACGACCAUUCUUUCUAGAGUUAACCCAAGAUCUGUCACAAACGAUAUUCAAUAUUAUUUAGAAAUCAAUAUUCUAACUAUGGCAGAAUAAUGAUAUUUGCUUUUACUGCGUAAUUGCUUGUUACCCUAAAAAACUAGCCCUUAAAAUGAAAGAAAUAGCCCCCCAAAUUCUGCAAAAAAAGAUAGCCCCUAAAGAUAAAAAUUAAUCCCUACCCUGCUUCUCAUUCAACCCGUUUUAGACAACAUUGCUUGAAAUUGUAACAACUAUUAGAUGACACAUUACUAAACUUUUAUCAUCUUAAUCGAGCAAUUAAGUUGGCGCAACAUAGCUUUUGACCAUGGCAUCUGUGUUUAAUUGACAAGCUAUCCUACUUGUGUCAUCUUCGCAACCAAGUUAAGACAACCUUUCUUUCUAUCAUAACAACUAAAUUGAGAUGACAUGCUACCAAACUUGCAUCAUCUUAACAACUAAGUUGCUACAGUUACAACAUCAUCUUAACAACUAAGUUUCUAUAGUUACAACAUCACUUUUUACCAUAGCAACUUAGUUGAGAUAAUAUACUAGUGUCAUCACAUAACUAUAAAGUUGAGGUGAUUUCAGAAUUUUUUGGCAUUCAUCAUAUUGUUGUUAUAGCAAUCAACUUGGCGAGUCGCUUUGUCUUCUCAGAAUGAUGGGAACUGAAAUUUAGAUGAAAUCAUUACUCAUCAUAAUUCAUCAUUAUCAGUGGAAGAAGUAGGGCGAAAUAUUUGUAUUAUCACCAUAGCAACCAAAGUUGAUGUGGUUUGGACACUUAUUUGCCAUUAUAGCAAUGAAGUUGGUGUUAAUGUUGUUCUUGUCUUAUUGUCAUCAUCAGCAUUUAAAUGAAAAAAAGUGGGUUCAUUUUUUUAAUCAUCAAGUAAUCACAUUUAUAUGGCAGGUUGACUUACCUACAAGACAAUAAUGUCAUCUGGGUCCCAAGUGAGAAUGGCAUGCCUAACUUGUGUCAUAAUAAUAUGAUAUGGAAAUUAUAUACAUUUUUUACAGUGUAGCAAUCAAUCUGAAACGAUAGUAAUAUAAUCAAGUGAGUAGGUAUUGGUGUUUUGUAACCAUCAUUGUAAUAUCUGAACUUAUAUGAAAGUGAUAAUUUUCUUCAUCUGCAGUCACAUUAAACACUUCUUCCUCAAAUUAAAUGACUAAAUUCUGUAGAACUUAUUCUGUAAUGCCCACCUCUACAACAUUAUGCUCCCUUUAUACAAUAUAGGCCAUGGAACAUUAUAGAUUGUAUCUUUAUUGCAAUCUUUCUUAUUACCAAAGUAUCAAGAUGAGCCUUAAGAUUUUCCAUUGAUAUAUUCAUACAAAAACACAAGAUUAGUAGACACGAGGCAACAAAGAAAAGGUUAUUUCACAGUCAUUUUUUGUAUCUUAUUGCAAGACAUGAAGGCUAUUUGCAGGGGCCGCGGAACCGGGGGGGGGGGGGGGCUGGGGGGGCUUUAGCCCCCCCACUUUUUUCCAAAACCGUGUACAAAAACGUAAAAAUGACCAUAUGAUUGUGAUUUUUAGCAUGGUCAGCCCCCCCACUUUUGGCUCAGCCCCCCCACUUUCAAAACCGUUCCGCGGCCCCUGAUUUGUUAUAUCAAGUUAUGAAAAGUGUUGUUUUUUCCUAUCCAUUGUACCAUAUCCCAAAUAUGGUGCAUAUUUUGUUAAACUGCCAAUUGGUCUACACCUGUUUCGCCUACUCUUCAUUUGGUCUCAUCCAACAUGGUCUAAUCCAACUCUGUCUACAGCCAGUUUGUCGACUAUUCAAUUGGUCUAAUUAUGAUACAGCCCAUUUUACCUUUCUGUCUAAUUUUCACUUGGGCUAUACACAUUUUGUCUAAUAUUCACUGGGUCUAAUAUAACACCGUUUUGCUAUAUUAGAUGAACUCUUAAUGAAUCAAACUUUCAUUUGACAAAGUGCAAAAUAACUGUUACAUAAAGUGAAAUUAAUCUGUCUGGAAAUUAGACUACUGGGGUGUUACAAGAAACUUGCGAUCAAUUUUAGGUCCCAAAAUCAAUCAUAAGUCUUGCAAUUAAUUGCCAAUGUGUGAUUGAUUGCUAUUCUGCUUCUUGAAACAAGUAAUGUAAUCUGAUUAGCUACAGUUUUAAUUGAUAUAUCAAUUGUAAAAUUGCAGCAUAAUAUUUGCAAUUUUUUGCAAAUAUUUUCUUGCAAAACCCCUAAGUUGUUCAUCAAUACAGACUAUCUGAGACUACUGGUAGAAACAGUGAAUAUAAACCCAUAAUAUGGUGUGCUAGAAUAAGAGGUUUUGUUUGAUUCGAAUAACAAAAACGGAGUUAUUUUGUAUUCUCAUCUUCAAUUGCCAUUUGUAUUCACCAAUUUAGUAUUUGAUAGAACAUGAUAAUUAAGAAACAAUAUAAUGAAUGACCAAAGCUCAAAUAUAAGGAACCGCAAUUUAGGGAUAUUUUGUAGUUAAAACUUAAAGAACAUGAGGGAAUUAUGAAGAUAAGAAUAUGUUCAUUAUAUUACAAUAUUUCUUUUUAUCAGUGUAUCUAGAUGAGUGAUACAAUUUUCAAAUGAUAUUAAUACAAGUAAACAAGGUUACUAGACAAACAAAGUUUGAUUUCACAGUCGAGAUAUUGUUCAUCAGCACAUGGUGGAUCUUGUAAAAAGAUGUUCAUUGUAUUUCUAUGACUAUAAGUGUGUCCAAUAAACAUACUAUGGUCAUAUUCUGCACUAAGGUUUGAUUUAAACUCUGGUCUAAACUUUACGGUUAAAUAUGAGCGGCGAAAUGCGACACAUAUAUCUCAACAGUAGAGAGUCAAUUUAUCAGCGCAUACAGCAUUCAAACCAUGACUACUAUUUUAAUAAAUAACAUAAUAAACAUGAGAAAUGUAUAUGUCAACAAAUUCUAACCAUUUUCGACUUCCCAUAAUUUUAGUUUAGACUUGGACCAUGGCCUAACUUUCAUAUUUAAUGC